ACCAACUCAUCCAUUCCUUUUUCUGAUUUCAUUUCAAUAAUUCUUAUCGUUUAGUCGUUAUCUAGCUUCGUUAUUGUGCCAAGUAAUUGGCCAACAACGAGUUGGAGCACAUUUAGUUAGUAAAAAUAGCAAGGAAAUACCAGAAAGUUUUUAUAAUCAUGGGAGCCCUCGCCGCUUUAGGUGUUCUUUUCUUAGUCGCGACCGCUUGGUCCGACGAAUCCCCCAAAGGACCCAAAGUUACUCACAAGGUGAGCUUUGACAUUAAGCUUGGAGACGACAACUUGGGUACGGUAGUCAUUGGUCUCUUCGGCAAGACUGUACCGAAGACUGCGGAGAACUUCUUCCAGUUGGCUCAGAAGCCCAAGGGCGAGGGCUACAAGGGGAGCAAGUUCCACCGCGUCAUCGACAACUUCAUGAUCCAGGGUGGAGACUUCACUAAGGGAGACGGCACCGGUGGCCGCAGCAUCUACGGUGACCGUUUUGAGGAUGAGAACUUCAAGCUGCGCCACUACGGCGCCGGCUGGCUGUCCAUGGCCAACGCUGGGAAGGACACCAACGGCUCCCAGUUCUUCAUCACCACCACCAAGACCCCCUGGCUGGACGGCAGACAUGUAGUGUUCGGGAAGGUUCUGGAAGGCAUGGACAUCAUCAGAAAGAUUGAGAAGACAAAGACUGGUGCUAAUGACAAGCCUGUCCAAGACGUGGAGAUCGUCGACUCACGGGCAGAGCUGGUGGCUGAACCCUUCAGCGUCUCCAAGGAAAGUGCAUAAGAGAUUAAAACAUAAACAUUAGGUAGAAAUAUCUACAUUAUGUUCAAAUGUUACUUUCCCCAGUGCAUUUAAGUUUUUUUAAAAGUUAUUUUAUGUUAAAGAAGUAAAAAGUGAUACCAACCAAUAGGUUUACAUUUCACAAACAAAUGUCAUAAACAGAAUUUUUGUAAUAAAAUAUUUCAUAAUUUUA